AUGGAUCAAUCUACCAGAAAAAGACGACAAACAGCGAAUUCCCCAUAUAUUACACCCCGCUCUUACAACCACAGAUGUGAUGAUCGUGAUGGCACACCGACCCUGGACCCAGGUUCCACCUCACGCGUCCGUUUCCCCAACUCGCAGAGGUCCUCUGCAACAAGACCAUUGAUAUCACGAAGCUCUAUAAGCAACGUGAUCGAUGAUGAGAUACUACAGCAGUCUAUCGAUGACGAUCUCAGUCAAGUGAUUGUGGCGAUCGACAUGCGUGAUUCGGGGACUGUUGGUUGCUCCUACUACUCAGCUCAGGAAGAGACGCUCUACCUGAUGGGAGAUAUCCGUUUUGCGGGAAAUGAGACAAUCGAUACUUUAAUCCUUCAGACGAAACCUACCGUGCUCCUGGCCUCCGCUCGCGUCGAUUAUCUUACAAACAGACGACAGAACUCUGGACAAGAAGAUGGGACCGAAAUGUACCUCCCCUACCAGCUCGAUAUCCGCCCAUCCCAAGAAUUCAGCGGCUCCAACGCCAAAAGCAAGCUGACAGCUCUCGAGAUAUCCGCUACGCACGAACAACGCAUGCAAUUUCUCGUACCACAUGGCGGGAUAAUUGGGCCUGAGGAGAUGGAAACAGAGGCUACGGGAUUUACGCUGCAAGAAGGACGACUGCUACACAUGUCUAGUUCAGUCGAUAUGGAGAACGCUGUUACAAUUGGCUGCGCUGGGGCUAUUUUUACCCACCUACAGAAGCGAAGGGCUACAGAUAUAAUCCCCGGAAACAGAGCUUCUGAUUUGUUCAGGAUCAACUCUGUUAGGAUGUUCGGAUUGAAGAAUACCAUGUUCAUCAAUGGCAACGCCCUAUUGUCACUCCAGAUAUUGCAGUCCGAAUCUCAUCCUAGUAUGUUCAACCAGGGCCCGGGCAAGAAGUCAUCUUCGUCGAAGGAAGGCCUGUCAAUAUACGGCAUAUUUCACCGCUUCGUAAGUACAUCCCAGGGGAGAAAUCGACUGCGACAGGACUUCCUUCGUCCCAGUACGAACAUCGAUACUAUUCGCGAACGACACAACUUUAUAAGCGUGCUCCUACAAUCGGAUAAUUUCAACUGCUUGGAGAAGAUGACGAAGAGUCUGAAGCACAUCAAGAAUCUUCGCCCUGUUAUGAUAAACCUUCGCAAGGGUAUUAGCACGGGGAGUGCAAAGGUUACUGGCUUCAAAACUACCGUUUGGGCAACGCUAUUGGCUUUCGCUUUCUAUGGAAUCGACAUCAAUGAAGCCCUAAGGGAGCUCUCCGGUGCAAAUGCACUAGCGCUGAGAAGCAAAGCAAUGCAAAUCUUUGAAUCAGCGCAGUUAUACAGGGUUGGAAGAAUGAUACAAGAAAUAGUCGACAUCGAUGGCUCCGAUGAACAGAGCAGAACCAUUGUGAAACCAGGAUUAGAUCGCGAACUCGACAUGAUGAAGGACAAUUAUGACGGAUUGAACAGCUUACUAAAACAGGUUGCAAUGGAGAUCGCUACUACAAUCCCAGAGGGCUUCGGCAUUGACGUGAACGUGAUAUACUUCCCCCAACUUGGCUUCAAUAUUGCGAUUCCUCUCAAUGACCGGGGCGAGCCUUCCUUCAAUGGCGCUGGCGAGGACUGGGAGUUGAUAUUCAUUACAGAGAACCGAGCAUACUUCAAGGACUUACGGAUGAGAGAGAUGGAUGAUAGAUUGGGUGACAUUUAUGGACUGAUUUGUGGCAAGUCAAGAGUAGACGUCCCUGACAGAUAG